AUGACCACCACGACAUACGACGUUACGAUUCUACGCUAUUUGACGAAGUGUACGAUUUGUACUGCAGCUUUUGUGCUAUGCCCCGUCUUCUUCGUCUUAAAUAUUGUGCUAUACGGCAUACAAGUCCUCUAUCGUCGUCUAAGGCAUGGCAAAGCAACACCUCGCUCUCAUGUGCUCAUACGCGAACGAGGCUCUUCGCCGCGUUUGCGGACACAUAUUCGAAAGGAACCUUCUAUAAAGAUUCUUCAAACCAAGAGCGAACCAACGACUCCAGCUGAACAUCAAACGAGCCCUCGGGUCUCGUUCUCGGAGAAUACAUAUGGCGAUCACAAGCCUGCGGGGAAGAAACGCUGGCCGUCCCCGGCCAAGCUAUUUUCUUCUGACAAUUCGGUUUUCAAUGCCCGCUCUGUCCUAGCGUCUACAGCGACGACGCCGACUCUAUGCUCAACAAGUUCGCGGUUUUUUUCCGAUCUGCCUCAUCUGGGCUCCGCCCAAUCUAUGAACAAAGCUGAAGUAGGGACGACGCGAAAGGACUAUGUCUUUCCACCAUCCAGAUCUAGUCUAUCCAUUUUGCCCCGUCGCCGGUCUUCUUUCAACUUGAAAUUGCCUUCGACUCUGCAAACGGUACCCAUGUUCAAGCCGAAGUCACAGCGGACACAGGGCGGUCCAACUCGUUCAGCUUCAGAUCCUACUGCAUGGACAGCUCUACUACAUGGUAAUCGUCCGUCCGUCCAUCUGCCUGCAAUGCUCCGUCGGAAGACAGAUAUCCCAUCGACUCCUUCAGCCCGCCGUAACUCCGCAGACUCUGCUCUGCUCAAGGCCUGUCGCUCACUCACGAAUCCUGGAAUUAGUCGUCGUCGAGCUGCAUCGGUCUCAGAGACGGUGCACCGUGUUCCUGUUCGUCCUUGCGAACCGCUUAUACCGUCUCGUCGACCUACGGCGCCAGCUUGCUCCGACAAAUCUGCUACAGUACAGAAGUCCCUAUGCGCUGCACGGAAGGAGUCAUGCAAAGCGGAUAUAGGCGAACCGACGCCUCCUACGCGUCGCUCUUCAGCCCCUCCGAUGCGCCCGAUGCCUCCGGAAAGCUCCGGUACUUCACCUCAUGCGGCACGAGGACGGCUCGCGACCGAUCCUAUUGCGAAUAGGCCUAGGCCGCCGUUGGCCACACAGGAGACAUUUACGACAAAGUUUGUGAACCCAUUCAAUUUUAGCUCCCAAAAGUCUAGGACCACUUCUGCUCUUUAUGAACCAGCUACUCCCAAGACGCUAGCAAGCCCCACAAAGGCCUCGACCAAACGGCGUUCUUUGAGCAAGUUUUUCCGCAUCGAGUUCACCCCCAAAGCUAGGCUCCCCUCACCCAUUCUUUCUCGCACGACAUCGAAGGUAUCCAAGUCUACGUUAAAUGUCUCUACUCCUGCUCCCCCAUGCAGCACUCCACGCACACAGCCGUAUGGAUAUCCAUAUUACGCUCAAAUGCCGGGGCAGACAGGUUAUGUAACUCCGAUACAGCCGCAGCCUACGCACUUCCGCAAAGAUACAAGUGGAUUUGUCCCGAAAGCUGGUAAUGGCUCCAAAGACGCACAACUUACGCGUGCACGAGGAUUGCAGAACCAACGGACGACCACAAUAGCCGAGGCGCGGUGGACUAAUACGCUAGGAUUAUCGUUGCACGAUACAAAUCAGAGGCGGAAGGAAAAUACCAAUGAUGGGAGAUAG